AUGGUGCCUCUGAAUCCAGGGGGGGCCAAGGAACCAGAGGCGGCCCCAGAUGCCGCUCAUCGGUCGGCCAGUGAGGGUAAUGACAUGAUGGAGGUGUCCCGCCCGGCCGUCAAGUCCCAGGGACAGGCCAUGUCGCAAGUGCCCAAACUCCUUCCUAAUCUCCCUGACUAUUCCGUCCCGACGUCCGCCUGCAACUCCGCCGUCUCCUCCCGUGAACCCUCCCCCGUCAGAAUCUCCUCGCGUCCCGCCAAUUCUCCGUCCACCAGCCGAGCAUCUUCUCCAACACGAAAAGGCAGUCAAGAUCGGGCGAGCCCGGUCCGAGCCCCUACCAACGGUCACUCGUUUGGCCUACCCAUACAAUCCUCCUCGUCUGCUCAGCAGUCUUUGUCGGCGCAUCCUACCAAUCCUAUCCCAGUUCUUACUCCUCCCGCCUCCGAACCACCAGCCAAUGUUCUCAGUCCGGAAAAGCACAAUAUGCCAUCAUGGGCGGGGAAUCGUCGUACAGAUCAAGAGUCGACCCCACCGAAUACCUCCCACAAGAGAGCUUCACUCCCGCUGCCGGAAGAACAUGGAAAGGUGGACCGAAGCACGCCUCGUGCGGUCACGAGGGGUAUCGGUACUCAAAGUCCUUCCCUGGAAACGGUUCAAGAGAUGGCUAGCAAUCCAUCUACUCCGUCCAGCGACACUGCACUUAAGCCAACCACCUCGGAUGACGCCCGGCUACACACGGUUGAUGAAAACCCCAUUGAGCGAGCCUCAAAGCAGAAUGCAGAGAGCGGCAGUGACAGUGGUGGCAACCCCAGCUCGAAAGAGGAAAGUCGGUCUCAUACCACCGGUGCAGCCAAACUUCCAGGGACUAUCAUGCCCCAGCGGUCAUUUACUUCACUGAGCGGUACCGCGCGCGCGAAGCCUGCUGAUGGCUCGGUUCGCAAUAUGAUUGUUGAGACAGAAACCGUCAGCUCAAUACCGCAGGUGUCGGUGGGAGUUGCCACGGGGGAGCGAGGAAACACCAGUCGGGCUGAGCAAGGCACUUUGCGCAUGAAGCCUUCCACGGAGACAAUUCGGCCUCGCAAAGAGAAGAAAAAGAACAGGCGGACGAACCCCAUCACAACUGGGCCUGCCACCAGCAAGGCAGACAUAUUCGAAGCCAAGGUGGCUAGUGCAGUGGAUGAAGCUGAUGUUUCUGACUCCGAUGAGACAUUUGUCUACGAAUCCAACCCCCGGACCCAUAUCCUCCUCGACAAUCACGCUAUCACUCUCGGACACCCAGCGCAACAUCCAUGGCGAGCCAAGUUGAUCAGCUGGCUGGUCGUGCCCCGGCACUAUCACCCCCGGCAUCACCAAAUUGGACGUCACGGGCGCAAUGGGGCGUACCCAUCCCUCUUCGACAAUGAUGGGCCAUUCCCUCAACCCCAAUCUCAGCUGAAGUCGCCGCGGCACUUUAUUGGCAGUGGGUACCGCCACUCGCGUAAUAGCAACACUCGCUCCUCGCCAAACUACAAGACUGUCAGCAACAAAAAGGUGGGCGAUGUAUACGAUUUUGAUGCCGAGGGAGCUGAUGAUGAGCGCACGCCAUUGGUGGGUAACAACCGCGCCACGCGCAGUCGUCAUGGCCGACGACCCAACAGUGCCAGCCUGCGGCAGAUGGAAUACAUGGCCCAACGACAACGUGGCUGUUUCUCGCGGGUUGGCUCUUGUGCCAUCAUUCUUGUUCUGCUUCUUAUCAUCGCUGGUGGUGCUGCCUCGUUCAUCGUGGCCGCGACGAAAACUCUGUACGAUGUGCAGAUUAUUGCCAUUCAGAAUGUGCUGGCUUCGGAGCAAGAAAUCAUGCUGGAUUUACAAGUGGAGGCGAUGAACCCGAACAUCUUCCCUGUGACAAUCGACGACACCGAUGUGAACAUCUUCGCCAAGAGCCGAUACGUCGGUACAGACAAAUUCUGGCGAGAUAUUGGUUCCGACGAAGAACUUGAUCGAUCCCCACGUGUCGAACAAAGUCGACGCCGGUGGUACUUGUCUCAGCUUGUUCGGUGCCUGGGGAACACGGACUGUGUCGAGGUAGCCAUUAAAGGUCAUCCAAAGGAUCAUGGUGACGGUGGUGUCGACAGAGGCACUGACCCCAUCAAUGACCCGGAGGGUGACCCGCAAACUAUGCUUCUUGGCCGCGUCUUCCGCUUUGACUCGCCUCUCUCUUUCGAGGCGUCUCCUUGGGGCCAUAUGACAUCUAUCUCCAAGGGACAAAUACGGCUCCCUCGACCUGGGAACAAGACCGAAUCAGGCGGCACAGAGCGAUGGGAGCGUGUCCUCCAGCAUCCUUUCGAGCUGAUUGUUCGCGGUGUCAUCAAGUACCAGCUUCCGCUCAGUUCGCGCUUCUAUUCUGCCUCUAUCAGCUCCAGCGUCAAGUUCAUCCCGAACGACGACGAUAGCCACAAUAGCCCUGCUGAUUCAGACUCAACACCCCCAGGCAACGAAACUGCCCACAUUCUCCUCAACGAGGGAACCAUUACCCCCUCCGGCCGCCUCGCUGUGGACUCCGAUGCUCGAGGCGGAGUUAGGUCGGGGGUAUCUCAACGACAGUUCACGGCAUGA